CGCGGAGGAUUCAAACGGAACAUGGCGGCCGAGAAAGAAGCCGAUGGAAACAAACAAAAUAGAAGGGGAACAGUGGGCAAUGUGGUGAUUGGCCAGGAGACAGGUUCGCGUGGACGCCAACCAAUCAUCUUCAACCCAGAUUUUUUUGUGGAGAAGCUGCGGCAUGAGAAGCCAGAUAUUUUCACCGAGCUGGUGCUUAGCAACAUCACUCGACUCAUCGACCUGCCGGGGACAGAGUUUGCCCAACUCCAGGGUGAGGUUGACCCCAAGGUGCCCAGCACUGGUGGAUUCUUCCGGAACUUACUCAAGCGCAAAGAUAAGGGAGUCGUCUUUGGGAUGCCUCUAACUGAGGAAGGAAUCGCUCAAAUAUACCAGCUCAUCGAGUACUUAAGCAGAAACCUGCAUGUGGAGGGUCUGUUUCGAGUUCCUGGGAAUAGCAUCAGACAGCAGGCCCUAAGAGAGAUGCUGAACAGCGGGGUUGACAUUGACCUGGAGACGGGCGACUACCACCCCAACGACGUGGCCUCCCUGCUCAAGACCUUCCUGGGAGAGCUUCCCGAGCCACUGCUAACUCACCGCCAUUACCAUGCCCACCUGAAGAUCACAGGCCUCACCCUGUUUGACGAGAGGGGGAACAAGACGACGGUGCCAGACAAGGAGCGCCAGAUUGAGGCCCUGCAGCUGCUCUUCCUGCUCCUCCCUUCUGCCAACCGCACCCUCCUCAAACUCCUCCUGGAUCUGCUCUACCAGACCGCCAAGCAGCAGGACAAGAACAAGAUGUCCGCCUCCAACCUGGCCAUCAUGUUCAUGCCACACACCAUCUGGCCAAAAAAUAUGACUACAAAUGACCUUCAGGAAAACCUGAAGAAGCUCAACAACUGCAUGGCUUUCCUGAUCAAGCAUUCUCAGAAGCUGUUCCGGGCUCCCCCUUACAUCAGGGACUACGCCAGGCUGCAGUUCUCAGGAUCAAAGAUUCUUCAGUCAAAGGACGAUCUGGACCUGCCGCCUGCGGGGAACACUGUCCCGCAGAAGAGGGUCUGCCCGGACACGGGGUCGACCCAGCACCACACCGAGGAGGCCCUGAAAGAGCUCUUCCGCCAUGUCAACAACAAUAUGCCCGACUCUGCCAAGAAGAAGAAACUCAUUCGCCAGUUUGCGAAGCAGUCCACGCCAGGAACCCCAGUGAGUGAGAGCCAGACUCCGCCCAGCAAGAAGCACGCUCGCUCGCGGUCUUUCGGAGGGCUCAUCAAGAGGAAGGUUUUGGGGAACCAGGUUGCCAUGGAGAAGAGAGGCAGGAUUGUUUCUUUGGAGGGGGCCAGCAAUGCGGAGAAAAGGGGGAAGGAAAACAGUCAAGGGAGCGUAGCUCUGGUUUCUCCUGUCUUUUUGAAAUCAGUGUGUCCCAAGGCUUCUGAUGUGAUACUAAACAUGGAAAAGGUCUCCAACCUCACAAGAGUGUGCUUUUCACCAUCGCAGGAGUCCACAGUUUAGCACUGGGAAUUGGUCGGCCCUGUCCUAAAUGUUUAAAUAUAGUUUUUCUUUGACUGUGAAAGCUGUGACAAGCUUAGCGAAUGGUGGCCCAAACCAGCGGAAACGGAUAGCCCCAGGUUGCGAUCAAUGUCUUUGCAACUAAGGGUGUUGGUUCACAACAUGGUGCACAUUUUUCCUUAGCUUCAAGGUACAAAUUUGAGUUGAGUUUUCCCUUUUUUUGUUUUUAUUUUAUUUUUAUUUUUUUUGCAGUGUUGGCAGCUCAAACGAAAAAUAUGCAGACUGUUCUAAACAACAAGUGAAACUCUUGCUUAAGCUUGUUUCUCAAAGCUAAAAAAAAUAUUGUGUGCAGUAGCUUUUUGGGAGAUAACCGUUUCAGUUGCUUUAGGCCCUUUUCCAGCAAUCACUUGAACAAACUUCAAAAUGGACAAAGACCACUAGACAAAGGAGCCAUUCUUAAUAUCUGUGUAUAUGUAUAUGUUUUAGUCUUUACAUAACUGUGAUGGUGGGCUGUAUUUUGAGUCUAACAAAGGCUACUUUUCCUUUAAGUGGAGAAAUGUUUCUGAAAUAUUGUACUUUUAUUGAUAUUCUCACAUAGCUGCCUGUUCAUCUAGAGCAUGGCUGUCUAACCCUGUUCCUGGAGAUCUAACAUCCAUGUUAGGUUAGGUUUUCAAUUCAACCCUGAUUUGACACUCCUUAUUCUACUAAUUAGCAGCUCAGUGAGAUGCUAGCUGUUGAAUUAUAUGGUGUGCUUUGUUCGGGUUGGAGUGAAAACCUACAGGACGGUGGAUCUCCAGGAACAGGGUUGGGCAGCCCUGAUCUAGCGUCUAAAUUGCUGGGUUCUUCAUCGUCAAGGAGUUGUCUAUAGUGGCAGGACCGCGCCAGCUGUUCCCAUGAACAGUUUAGAAAACUGUUCUCAUAUACGUGUACAGUACCAGAUGCAGCUGAUUUUAAAAAGAAUCAUUUUGCUUUUUGAGGGUCAUAUAGAUAUAUGCCAUUGAAAGCAUUAAUAUCUUAAUUCCUUUGGUAUUUAAACUUGGCAUGUUUACAAAAGCAGACUACUUAUUUUUGUGUUUUUGAAUGCUUAAUAACAAGAUGUCUUGCAUGUAGGUAGGUUAAUGAGGUCCUGUCUAAGACGUGUUGAUUGACCCUGUUCAAUGUGAUGCAUUUUCUGUGCUGUUAUUUUUGGGUAAUUUUGGCCACAAAGGGGGGUAUCCUUUUUUCUUUUAACUUUUUAUUUUUGUCCUGUUUUAACUGGAAGUCCUGCUUUUUUAGACCUCUUAACCUCUAUCCUUUGUCAGUAUAACUCUUAAGGCCAGUUCAUAUAUUGAUGUCUCACACACUCCAGUUUUUAAGUAUACAUUUUGAGUAGAUAUUUUGUAGAACUAAGGAAGUUUCAACCAUAAUAAGUCUUAUAAGUGCGCUUAAAAAGCAUCCUUUAGAUCCCAGGUUACUUGUGUGUACCCUUUUACUUUCGAUUAGUCUUGUGAGUUAAGUGCACUGUUUUGGAGCAGGGUCUGGUUCUGUUGUGACUGAUGGAAGAUUUGUUUUGAUGAAAGGUUCCGGGAAGUGAGUAAAAGGGAAUGGAUCAGGUCAGUUUGAAGGAAGCUGUGGUUGAGUUCUCUAAUAACAGCGGUCAAACAUUUCGUUCGCUACGUGCAGGGCACGAACGCUGCAUUUUAAGCAGGCUAAGCUGUACGAAGACGCGUGCGCUGUGCGAUCGUUCUGUUUGUGACACGAUGUCGGACAUCGAUGCCUUAGAGAAAGGGAGCGGGCGUUCUAAAUGAGCUCUGUGAGGUUGCAUUAGCAGGUGUGAUUUGUCAGGAGUGUGUUCUGCGAGGCGCAGGAGGAUGAGAAUGAAUUGAGAGGGAGGGCCUGGGGGAUUAGGUUCAGGAGGGUAAAACACAGGUAAUGCUUUACAAGACAGCGCCCGGAAGCUCAAGUGCACGGUAGCGAAAUAUGAAAACGUGAAUUGAGAAUUUUUUUUUUUUACCGUCAGUCAGUUGUUUACUGCUUAAUGUCCAUUCAUUUUUAGAACCCUUUCACAAAGUCUAUGCAAUGUGAAUGCACACGCCUCUCUUCUUUUCCCUUGAGGGUACGCAGGGCCUGGUCACGGGGAGCGUUCUUGUUUUGCACAGUACUGAACGCAGUUCCUUUUUUUUUUUACCGGGCCAAAUUUGGCUUGCGGUCGUGUCCGUGGUGCUGGUGCGUUCCCCUGGGUUUCGGUUCUGCGCACCCCCCUUUAUUGGAACCGCUCUGGCCGAGGCACAGGUUACUGCGGGAAGGACACCUUAUCUUAGCAACCGCUUGCUUGUCGGUCUCUAGGGAUGUCAGAUUUGAAAAGCUCUGACAUCCCCAGAGAACCUCAGCGAGCGGUUGCUAAGGAUAUGGUGUCUCUCCUGCUUGUAAUCUGUGCCUCGGCCCUAGCGAUACCUCUCGGGGGGGUAACAUCCCAUAUAGGACAUCCCACAGAGCUGAAACGCCGGUGAACGUACAAGGGAGAGGCACGCCAUCCAUGCUAAUGUCUUUAGUUCUCAUUUUUAAAAUCUAUCUAAUGGUUUAUCAAAAAAGACCAGCCAUAAUGAUUUACAAUUUUUAAGCUAAAAAAUAUAGUCAAAAUUGCAAAUGUUUGCCACAGCGGCACUGUGCAAGUUAUACUCAUCUUGUGUAUUUGUGUUUCUUUGAUAUGUUUGACAUUUAUUAUUGUUAUUAUUAUUAUUUUUUUUUUUAGGUACCACAAAACCUGUGUUACAUAUUUAUUUCUUAUUUGAAUAAGUGAGAGGCCAGUUUGGAGUCAUUUAAAUUGGAUUACAGUCUAAUUUGUACCGUGAACAAAAUGCCUCCGAGUCCGCUUUGUUUUAAAAUUUGCAUUUCCCAGCUAGCCCCAGUUCAUGAUUUCGUUCUGGGGUCUUGUGUGUCUGCCUCUCGUUCUGGUGCUGUCUCAUUUUUAUUUUUUUUGGAAUUCCCCCCUGUGAAUAUGAACGAACCAACUAAAAAGCUCCUUCACCUGCUUAGCUGUAACAAGGCUAUUUGUGUUCAAAGGCACGUCCUGGAAGUGGAGUGGCAAUAUUGAUCAGGGGGCACUGCGCUCACGCACUGUUGCUUUUUCCAGGAAGCGGUGCCAAGCAACAUCAACUUAUACUGUUAUGGAGGGCCUUAAAAGCAAAUGUUUUGUACUGCUUUUUCUGUUUUAAUACAAUGUCCUUUGUGUUUAUAUAUUUAUAUGUAAAGUGCUGUAAAAUAGAUUGUCUUUUUCUAGUUGCAGUACAUGUUUUUUUUUUUAUUAAACCUUUUUAUGGAACCUUA